GUUUGAAAGACGGGAUGGGGUUGUCCCUUUCUGACCGGAUAGGACUUGCCGCUGGGAUGGAAUAUUCGCUCCGUUCCAACCGUUACAUUGUAACCGCCGCAGUUUGGCUCUGGAUUGUGUUCAUAUUUCAUAAAGCGGAGAGCCGGCAGAGCGACUCCGGGAUCGACACACGGGAACAAGUGGCAUCACCAGCACCCAACAUAGUGUUGGUCACUUGUGACUCGAUGGAUGGAAGAUUGACAUUUGGACCACAGAACCAGACAAUUAAGCUUUCCAGCAUAAACUUUAUGAAAGAGAAAGGUGCUGUUUUUCUUAAUGCCUACAGCAACUCUCCAAUCUGCUGCCCUUCUCGAGCAGCCUUGUGGAGUGGUCUCUUUAUUCAUAUAACGGAAUCCUGGAAUAAUUACAAGUGCCUGAACCAUGACUACCCUACCUGGAUGAAAAUCCUGCAAAAGUAUGGUUAUUACACAAAAGUGUAUGGAAAAACUGAUUAUACUUCGGGACACCACUCAGUAAGUAACCGUGUAGAAGCCUGGACCAGGGAUGUCAAGUUCUUGCUCAGACAGGAGGGUAGACCGACAACAGUUCUGAUUGGCAAUAAAUCGACUGUGAGAGUCAUGGACCGCGACUGGCAGAAUGUAGAUAAAGCUACUGAAUGGAUACGACACAAAGCAACCCAGCUAGGUCAACCAUUUGUUCUGAGCUUGGGUCUGAAUUUGCCACAUCCCUAUCCAACCCCAAGUAUGGGGGAAGCAUGUGGAGGGUCCACAUUUAAAACAUCUCCCUACUGGCUUAAAAAGGUGAAAUAUCAAUCAAUCAGGAUUCCAAAAUGGCAUACUUUCUCUGAAAUGCAUCCUGUAGACUUUUAUUCCUCUUACACCAAGAACUGUACUGGCAAUUUCACAAAACAAGAAAUCCUGGACAUCAGAGCGUUUUACUAUGCAAUGUGUGCUGAGACAGACUUGAUGCUUGGUGAGAUUUUAACAGCCCUUCAUGACACUGGGUUCCAAAAUAAUACUUAUGUAAUUUUUACUUCUGAUCAUGGUGAACUGGCAAUGGAGCAUCGUCAGUUCUAUAAAAUGAGUAUGUAUGAGGGAAGUUCUCAUGUUCCUUUAUUGAUGGUCGGACCAAGUAUCUCAGGAGGACAACAGAUUUCAAAUUUGGUAUCUCUUGUGGACAUUUAUCCAACUCUUCUCGAUAUUGCUGGAAUCCCCCUUCCUGGAAAGUUAAGUGGUUAUUCUUUGUUGCCAUUAUUGAGAGGAUUCGUAGAGAAAACUUCUAUAAAAAAUUCACGACCUGACUGGAUUUUCAGUGAGUUUCAUGGCUGCAAUGUAAAUGCCUCCACCUAUAUGAUUAGAACUGACCGAUGGAAGUAUAUAGCCUAUGCAAAUGGAAUUACUGUACCUUCCCAGCUGUUUGACCUGUCAUCUGACCCAGAUGAAUUGACAAAUGUGGCUACUAAGUAUUCAGAAGUUACAAGCAUCCUUGAUGAGAAACUUCGCUCCAUACUAAAUUACCCAGAAGUUUCCAAAACUGUUCGUCAAUACAACAAACUUCAGUUUAUCAAGUGGAAAGGAAGUCUAGGAAAGAAUUACACGGAUAUUAUUUCCAAUCUAAGAUGGCACCAGGACUGGCAAAAGAAUCCUGUAAUGUAUGAAAAUGCUAUUAACAGCUGGUUGGCACCCCAGAGGCUACAGUCUGGAGAAACAGGAGGAGCCUCCUCCUCAUCCCUUGAAUGGUCCCUUCCACUGUACAGUGGAGCGAAAUUGAGAAAGACAUCCAGAUUCUCUGAACAAACUCCAAUUCAGCAAAAUGUACCUGCAGCAACAGAGCCUACCACUCAUCUGACAAUUGUGCGAUCAAGAUAUGGAAGGAUUAUAAAGGCCUCCAGACUGCCUGAACCUAUCAACUCAGAGACUUGAGGGACUCGGGGGCGAGAUGGGGUAGUGGUAAUGAUGUAAAUAGAUGGGGUAAACCGGGAUAACUUGUAAAUACGUUGGGUAAAGACUUGGAGAAGGUGUAGCAUAAGGGUCUGGCACAUAAAGGGUUAACAUGGGACUGAGUACAGUAUCACCCACAUAGUGAUGUAAGAGAACACAUGACCCACACCAGGAGGUUACUGUAGUGUUAGAGCUGUAUGUAGAAGCAAGCCUGGAGACAGUUCCUAGCUUAGACCUUUACUGUACCUCUGUAUAUUGUUUCUAGUAGAUAAAUGUUCAUAAAUAAUAGUAGUUAAUAAAUAACUGUUGAACUA